CACCUCAUCGGAACCCCGGGUUUCAAAAGCCUGAAUGUGUCUUUGCUGCCGUCUGUUUUCAGUCGCGAGUAUGCUUCCGCGAUCCCUGGGGCUCAUAGGGGUGCCCACUCUCCAUUCCUUUUUAACUUUGUGAUCGAUGAAAUAAUGAUUCGAACGCUGCAGGGUCUCCAAAACCCUGGUGUUCAAAUAGCCUGUGAAGAAAAUCUUGUCGAUCUGGAAUAUGCAGAUGACAUCGUUCUCAUAUUCGAAGAGAAGGCGCAGGUGUUUUUGGGUGAACUGAACAAAGUCAUCCCGUCCUUUGUGGUUGGAAAUGAAAUCCUUACUGGAAAAGUGGAAGAGACCAACGCCCGUUUGGUCUGCCGAGCAGCGUCAACAUUGGGACUAAAAUUGCAAAAGAUAAGCAUCCUGCCAGACGUCGUGGAAGUGGUCGCACGGGAAGCAAAUGAUUUUAUGCGCAGUUUUGAUGUCGUGAUCACCUCUGGUGGAAUCGGACCAACUCACGACGACGUGACUUUUGAAGGUCUAGCGAAGGCCCUAGGAAAAGAAUUAAUCACCCAUCCCGAGUUGGUGCACGUGGUAGAGAACUUUUUUGGCUUCGACGCGGCGGUCACCCCCACGGACCCUCGUAUCAGGCUGGCGAGGGUGCCACUAGGUUCUGAACUGGUCUACGGUAUAGACUUUUCGACUGGACGUCAAAGUAGCUAUCCAGUGGUCAAAGUAAAUAACGUAUACGUCCUUCCAGGAGUACCACGUUUAUUUCGAACGGCAUUCGAGAUCAUAAAGACUAUCUUAUGUUUCGCAGCACGUUGCAUUCCUCUAUUCAUUCUUUUAACACAGGAACAUUUGCGGGAUCCACGGAUUCAGUUCAGCAGUCGAUCAAUCUAUACAAUGCACGAAGAGUCGAAAAUAGCUCCGUUCUUGUCUGUCCUGGCCGAAAAGUAUGGUUCACACGUCGCUGUUGGCUCCUAUCCAGCGUUUCAUAACAGUUAUUAUCGGGUUCGUGUGGUCCUUGACUCACAAGAUGAGGAAAUGUUAGAAGUUGCAUUUCAAGAAGCAAAGGACUACUUCGGCCCAGAUAUUGUGUCCUACGAGCCGAAUCCCGUGGCGAUAGCAGACUCAGCCGUUUGCGCACUUGCUAAUGAACCGAAUAGUGUUCUUGGUCUACGCGUUUCCAAGGCCAUUGAAACCAUCCAGUCGGCUCUCGAACAGUUUGACUCUUCUCAACUGGUUAUUGGUUUCAACGGAGGAAAGGAUUGUACGGUGUUGCUCCAUCUCAUCUAUAGCGUGUAUCUUCAACGACAGAACCGUAGUACAGGACAGGAUUCAGAUGCAUCGUUGCUGGAUUUUCCAAAAUUACUGUACAUACGAUCGCGAUCCGUGUUCCCCGAACUGGAGAAUUUCGUUCAACGAACAGUGCACUUUUAUCACCUUCCUUCCUCCUCUAUCCUUCGACCAACCGAUCAGAGCAUGCAGACGGAUGAUAGAGAAAACCAGAUAAAGCACGGUAGUUUAAUCAUUUACGAGGGGGACAUCAAGUCGUCAUUGGAACGGCUACUGCGCGACUUUCCCAAUGUGCGUGGAGUAUUUAUGGGAACGAGGCUGUCGGAUCCAAGAUCGGCUCAUCUCCGUCCGAUGGUCAUGACUGAUCCGGGCUGGCCGCAACUAAUGAGGAUUAAUCCGAUCUUGGACUGGACAUACGAAGAGGUGUGGCGGUUCAUAAGACGUCUCUCAUUGCCAUACUGUAGUCUCUAUGAUGUUGGGUACACCUCUCUUGGAAGCAUGGAAGACACACACCCGAAUCCUCGUUUGAGAUAUGUAAGUGAGUCCGGCCGCUCAGGAUAUCAUCCAGCCUACACAUUGUCCGACCCCGAGUCGGAACGUUCUGGCAGACGGCGCCCGAGUUCCACGAGCUCAACUCCUGUUGAAACUUCUUGACACAGAACUCUUAUGUACCGUGACUGCAUGCUAAUUCUUUCUCCGUGCCUGUGAUGUCGGAGUUUUAAAAGAAAUUAUGAUUUCUCCUUUGAUUCUAGUUCGCAAAUGACUAGGCAUCAAAUAAAUCCAACUUCUC